AAAAUCCAAGCAUCAAGACCUGCAAUUCAACCUUCUAUUCAUCAUCAUCAUCAACCAUUCAAUCCUUCAUCAUCUUUUCAUUCCCCUUUCUCACCCUCACACUUACAUCCUCAUCACAUGAUACUGACUUUACUUCUCUGGUAUCUCCCAACAGAGAUGCUUAGGUGUAUUUCGCUUUUCGUCAAAUUUGAAUGACUCUUACCUAUACUUGAACAACAUCGCGAUUCACCUGAACCUCAGUUACUAUCUUUGUCAGGUCAAGAGAAGGCCACAAAGCUGAAUAUUCUUUCUCAUCAAAUAGCUAACUACACCUACUGAAUCAGAAUCUGAUGAUGGACGAGUACAAGCUUAUGCUAAAGUCGAAUCUUACGCAAGAUGAUCAAGAUGAAGAUGAACCGAUCGAUAUGGAUUUGGGCCCAAUCAGAGCUGUCUCUCGUCGUCAUGCUAGAAUCUAUUCUGAUUGGGCUCAUGGACGUUGGACUCCCUGGUGGGUGGUCAAAAUGGUUGUGUGGUAGAUGGACAUUGGAGAGCAAAGGGUGAGGUCCUUACACUCGGUCUUAGGAUUAAAAUUCAGAUUGCAGAACAAAUCUUUUACUUCAUCUUACCUCAAGCUGCUUCACCUCCUCCGGUCUCACAGCCACCUCAAUUUGAACAAAACCCAUCUCGAUCUGACACAAGCUUUGAGCAUGAGACCGAAGAUGUCCCUCUAGCCUCGUCCAAACCUCUUGAUAUCUU